AUGAGACUGAAUUUUAGUGAGCCUCCGACUCCGACAUUGAGUCGCCAGAACACGGUGCUUCAUGGCCACCACCAGCGCCGAAGCACCCAUCCGCAUCUGCUGUCGACGCGAGUCAAGCCAAGAAGAUGGCCGCUGGUAUUCCGAUUCAUCAAAGGAGCUAUCCACGGGGCCAUUUUGCUGCCCGUUACGUUGCACGCCAUGUUUACGGCCUUUGUCGUGUACCUCGACACGUAUGUAUUCGACACUGUGGGACUGCCCAGCAGCAUCAUCCCCUCACUUUCCAUCGUCGUGGGCCUAAUGCUCGUGUUCCGCAACCAGACCUCCUACAACCGGUUCUGGGACGGGCGAAACGGGAUGAACACGAUGAACACCUGCGUCCGAAAUCUUGCACGCACCAUUGUAACCAACAGCUACAGUGCGACGCGGGGCCCGCCCAACGCUGCCGAGCGCGAGGAUGUCGAGCGCACCAUCCGCAUUCUCAUGGCCAUCCCGUACGCCGUUAAGAACCAUCUGCGGGCGGAAUGGGGCGCCGCGUGGGAUUACGCCGGUGCGUUUGGCGGUGACUUGAAUGAACGCGGCACGGCUGCGUACAACCCGGACUAUGCCGGCUUGCUCCCCGCGGGACUGGAGGGCCACGAAGAAGACGGGUUGGGUCUCCCGUUCCAAUUGACCUUUUUUGUGGAUGGGUUUUUCAAGCGUGGCGAGGAGCGUGGUUGGUUCAAUGCGCCCGGUGCGAGUCAGAUGCAGGCUCAGCUCAAUGCCUUGACGGAUGCAUAUGGGCGGAUGGAGACGAUUAAGUUGACCCCCAUUCCGGUGGCUCAUCUCAUCCACCAAAAACAAGUCCUCGCCCUUUUCGGCUGCGUAAUCCCCUUCGCAAUGGUCGAUGACCUGGGCUGGUGGGCAAUCCCUAUUGUCUCUUUGGUCAUUUUCACCCUCUACGGGAUCGAGGGUAUAGGCUCGCAGCUGGAAGAUCCAUUCGGCUAUGACCGAAAUGAUAUCAAGAUGGAUGCCAUCGUUGGUGACUCCAAGACGGAGAUUGAAGUGGUAUUGUCCGAGUGGCGCAAGCAUGCAAAGGCCAUGGAGGCUAAUAUGAGCUCGCGCGAUGGAGCAACUGGCCACGGGGAUCGGUGUCUGACACCUCAUCACAAUGGAAUCGGAGGUGAUGGAGGCGACAGGAAGUUUCUACAGCCGGAUCUGUUUUUGAAGCUGAGACCACGGACAGCGGUGUAG